UUGGAGAAGAAAGAAGGCGUAGGCUUCUCUACUCAGAGCUGAGCUCUGAUCUAUCUGACCGAACUCAUGAUCUCUGCAUCAAUGGGAAGUUCUACAGUGCCCGCCAAAAAGCUUGCGCUGAAGAUCAAUGGGAUUGACACUGAUGUAGUGCUUUGUGCUUACGAUGAUCAUUUCCUGGUGAUUGUCACUCAAAUUGGAGCCAUGGGGACGAUCCUGCACGCAAGGAAGGAGGAAGGUGUUUCGAUCAAUCCGACUUUUACUGUGUCUGUAAUAUUUGGAAAACGAGACGAGCCGAUGGUGGUGGCUUGUGCCAGGCAGCUGAUUGAACACGUGAGUAAUUGCGGUAGCUCCAGGCCAUUGGUACUCUCUCUCGGUCUCAAGGACCACUCGAUGGAAACCCUGAAAGGCAUUGUUUCCGCCGUGAUCGAAAAUCGCCUCUGGUAACUACCGCGAAAGGAUGUGCAGUGUUAUGCCUGGAUCUUUCUACAACUCAAUGGCUUCCCCAAUAAUUGACAGUGUUCGGACUUCCGAGUUCACUCCCCCAUCUGAUUCUGACCAAAUGCAAUAUCAGAUCAUAUAUACCUAGUUUUCGUUUACCAGUGCAUCCUGCACUAAUUGUUCACAAUGUAACAUGUGAUGAUCUGCUCUAAAACAGAUCUUAAUUUGAGCUUCAGAUUAUGCGCAUGUAUAUCUUCAUGUUUGUCUGUUUGUGUA